CGCUCGCAGAGGCUGGCGGCGCGCAGGCAGAGCAAGGCUGGCCGUCGGCGCAGCAGCUGCAGCAGGCGCUGUCCGCCGUUCCUGGUGCUGAAAGCUCCGUGGUGCUGAACGCGCCUCCGCUCGCUCGCUGCUGCUGCUGCUGCCGGUGGCCGUCGAGGGGCAGCGGCGGCUGCUGUGCUCCAUGGACGAGAUGGAAGAGGAGCUCAAGUGCCCGGUGUGCGGCUCCUUCUACCGGGAGCCGCUGAUCCUGCCCUGCUCGCACAACCUGUGCCAGGCGUGCGCCCGCAACAUCCUGGUGCAGACGCCCGAGGCGGACUCGCCGCAGAGCCGUCGCGCCUCGGGCUCCGGCGGCUCGGCCUCCGAUUAUGACUACCUGGACCUGGACAAGAUGAGCCUCUACAGCGAGGCGGACAGCGGCUACGGCUCCUACGGCGGCUUCGCCAGCGCGCCCACCACCCCGUGCCAGAAGUCUCCCAACGGCGUGCGCGUCUUCCCGCCGACCGUGCCGCCCGCCGCGCACCUGCCGCCGGCCUCGGCCGCUUCUCUGGCGCCGGUGCCGCGCAACUCCUGCCUGACGUGCCCGCAGUGCCACCGCAGCCUGAUCCUGGACGAGCGGGGCCUGCGCGGCUUCCCCAAGAACCGCGUCCUGGAGGGGGUCAUCGACCGCUACCAGCAGAGCAAGGCGGCCGCCCUGCGCUGCCAGCUGUGCGAGAAGGCGCCCAAGGAGGCCACCGUCAUGUGCGAGCAGUGCGACGUCUUCUACUGCGACCCCUGCCGCCUGCGCUGCCACCCGCCGCGGGGGCCGCUAGCCAAGCACCGCCUGUUGCCCCCUGCCCAGGGCCGGGUCAGCCGGAGGCUCAGUCCGCGCAAGAUCUCCACCUGCACCGACCACGAGCUGGAGAACCACAGCAUGUACUGCGUCCAGUGCAAAGUGCCCGUCUGCUACCAGUGCCUGGAGGAGGGCAAGCACUCCAGCCACGAGGUCAAGGCCCUGGGUGCCAUGUGGAAGCUCCACAAGAGCCAGCUGUCUCAGGCGCUGAACGGACUCUCAGACAGAGCAAAGGAGGCCAAAGAAUUUCUGGUGCAACUACGGAACAUGGUGCAGCAAAUCCAGGAGAACAGCGUGGAGUUUGAAGCCUGCCUCGUCGCCCAGUGUGAUGCCCUCAUUGAUGCCCUCAACCGGAGGAAAGCUCAGCUGUUGACGCGGGUCAACAAGGAACAUGAGCACAAGCUGAAGGUGGUGCGGGACCAGAUCUCCCACUGCACAGUGAAACUACGCCAGACGACGGGACUCAUGGAAUACUGCUUGGAGGUCAUCAAGGAGAACGAUCCCAGCGGAUUCCUCCAGAUCUCUGAUGCGCUGAUAAGGAGAGUCCACCUGACAGAGGACCAAUGGGGGAAAGGAACCCUCUCCCCAAGGAUGACGACAGACUUUGACCUGAACCUGGACAGCGGGCCUUUGCUGCAGACCAUCCACCAACUGGACUUCAUGCAAAUGAAAGCUUCCUCCCCAGUGCCGGCCCCCCCAAUCCUCCAGCUGGAAGAGUGCUGCACCCAGAACAACAGCGCCACCUUGUCGUGGAAGCAGCCUCCACUUUCCGCGGUGCAAGUGGACGGAUACAUCCUGGAGUUGGAUGACGGGAACGGUGGUCAGUUCAGGGAGGUGUAUGUCGGGAAGGAGACGAUGUGCACUGUGGAUGGACUCCACUUUAACAGCACCUACAGUGCUCGGGUCAAGGCCUUCAACAAGACCGGGGUCAGCCCCUACAGCAAGAUGCUGGUCCUGCAGACCUCCGAAGACUCCGAACCGGAGGAGCAGGCCCUGACUUUCCCAGUGCCUUUGGAAAGGCUGCAGCUGCGUAGAUCCAGCCCCUUCUCCUCCACCCUUAACCUGCAAAACAGCUUUCCGGGGAGAUCCUACUUUGAGCUCAGAUCCUCGUCCCACCAAAUGAGCUUGCACUCUUCUUUACAAUCUCUGAAUUCGGCCGGUUUUGAGGCUCAGUCAGGACCUUUCUCCCAAUUGGUUGAUAUUAAAAAACUGGUAGCAGGUAGGAGCCAGUUUGGAUGCAUGGGGCCAAUGGAACCUACUGACUGGCUGCAACAGUUUGUGUGUGUUUUGGCCUGGUUUUCGUUUGACCCAAAUACGGCCCACUCGGACGUCAUCUUCUCCAACGACAACCUGACGGUCACCUGCAACAGCUAUGACGACCGGGUGGUGUUGGGCAAAACGGGCUUCUCCAAGGGUCUCCACUACUGGGAGCUGUCCAUCGACCGCUAUGACAACCACCCAGACCCGGCCUUUGGUGUGGCCCGCAUGGAUGUUCUCAAGGACGUCAUGCUGGGGAAAGAUGACAAGGCCUGGGCCAUGUAUGUGGACAACAACCGGAGCUGGUUCAUGCAUAACAAUUCACACACCAACAGGACUGAAGGGGGCAUCACCAAAGGGGCUACAGUCGGGAUCCUGCUUGACCUCACCAGGAGGACCUUGACCUUCUCCAUCAAUGAGGACCAGCAGGGGCCGGUGGCCUUUGAGAACCUGGAAGGUGUCUUCUUCCCUGCUGUCAGUCUGAACAGGAAUGUGCAAGUGACGCUGCACACCGGUCUCCCAGUCCCGGACUUCUACAACGCACGAGGCUCCAUGCAGUAAGGAGUCAGGGGGCGCCCGGCGGCUUUUUCUCAGGACAUACCGAGAGACCUGCGUUCGUUUUCUUCAGGAAUUGACCUCAUGGGAGAAAGGAGGAGAAUAUCUGGUCGUCUGGUAACUCCAGGCCAGCGGAAACCAAAUUUUUUAAACAAACAAACAGACAGACAAAAAGCGGGGUGGAAUCUAGAGAAGAGAAAGGACCAAGCAGACUUUGGGCACCCGCCAGGGCCACCCCUCUCCGCCUUUCCAGCCCCACCUGUGCUCUCUCUGUGUGUGUGUGCACGAGUGUGUGUUUGCUUUGCUAAUUUUGCUCUUUCGGCUGACGACAGCGUUCCGGAGAGAGCCUGAGAUGCGACUCUCUCGAAUCAGCUUUUGGAUUCAGUUAUUCUUUCAGUUUGCGAUUUCCCCUUUCCCCUAAAUGUGGAUCAGAUUCCCAAGGGUUGGCUGAACCAACUUCCGGAUUCUCCAGCCAGAAGGAAAACUGAGCUUCACUUGCUACGGAUGGAGAGUUGUGCAUAUAACAUCAGCCAGACUCCCACCCCAAGCCCCUGGGCGGGCAAGAAUUGGCUGGUCCUUGAAGGGUUUGCAGAGAGUCCAGUCGUCUUUUCCCUCCUCUGUCCUCGUGGCCUUUCUUGCUGAAUAAUACCUUCUCAUAGACAUCAGCUUGGGAUCACCACUUAAUCGCCAUACAAAAGCCAUGUAGAAUGAUGAAUCAAGCCCUGGGAGAUGGGAUUUAUCUUAAUUUUUUCCCAGUCAAAGCAGAGAGUUGGGGGAAAGGUCACAUGAUCCCCCCCCCCAAAUGUCAGUGUUUAGCUUUUUGUUUUUCAAAAUCAGGCACCCCUUUUUUUGAUCCAGAGGAUGCGCAAGGCAGUUCACCACAAAGCACAGAACACCGGUAUAAACAAAUCAACACUGGAAAAUAAUAAUGUUGGUUAUGAAGGAUGAUAUUUUAGUAGGGCGUCCUUUGGGGCCUAGCAACUGAGGCCUGGUUCUCCAGCCCAGAUGUGAUGGGAGCUGCUCCCAGUACCCACAUCUGAAAUGGUACAGCUCAGAUACAGGUCUAACAGCCCUGUGAGGGUGAGGUGUACGAUUUAGACGACUCUAUGGAGGAGUCCUCAACGCUUCAAUCAACAUAUGAAAUUAGCACCAUUUUCAAAUUUGGAAUUCUAUUGGCAGAACUUCGUAUUUGAGUUCUGAGUAAAUUAUCACUUUGUAGGAGCAGAACAUUUCCAUUUUCAGCGAAUUUCAAAACUCAAAUGCCAACAUUCCGAUUUCUGAAUGCUCCCCCCAAAAUGCCACCCAGAAUUGCCCCCCUGCCAGCAUUCAGCAAAUAUAUCCAAUAUCCCAUUUCUUUUCUGAUUGGGAUGGAUGGUUGUAUUUAGCAGAAUGUGACAGUCUUCUGGCUAAAGUUAUCCAGACAUUUGUCCUGUACCUCUGUAAACGGAGGGGGGGGUCACCAAUCUGUCUCUGAACGCCUGACGUAGAAGGAGGCACCCACAAUUUGCUCUAGUGUGCAACAAGGGCCCUUUGCACGCUGGAGACGGCAGCUCCCAUAAUGCACUUCUGUUUCUCAUUUGUUUACAUCGGCCUUUGCUAUCCUGAUAUCCUCUCGCUGUUUCGGACUGAAGCAAAAUGUGAGAGGUCACAUCCUCCCAGUCCUUUUCCAAGUACAAAACCUCAACAGACCGUUGAAUCUUGUUUCAACAUCCUCCACUGAACCCCAAGGGCGCAGGACAGGUUGCAUAACACGCGCAUACACAGAGCUCCCGCCGCUUGACGCCCUUCAAUAUUUGCCGCCUGAGGCAGCCGCCUCAUGUUAGGGCCGGCCCUGUGGGACAUCCUUCACGCUGCGGUGAUUAUCGCAGCUUUGACUGGAAACGGCUUCUUACAUGAUUGUUUUGUGUGCUAAGUCAGUUUGCAGAGAUGCGACUCCUGACUGGUCACGGUGCAGGGAGAGAUUUCAGACUGGGAGAGAUCCAUAUUCACAGCAAGGCUCCAAGGCUGGCUCUUAGAUAUAUUCAAGUUUCCCUUGUAAACCCAAUUCGUUGUGUUUCAUUUUCAUGCCGUAAUAAUGCUACAUUAUCAGCACCAGUCAAACAGUCAUCUUCCUUCCUCUAUCUCGCUAUAUUUCCAAGGCAAAGAGGCUUGUGCCUUUGACAUCCUGACCUGGUGCGCAGGCCCAUUUAAUUGUUUGUGACAUCAGUCACUGUGGCUGCAACCCCAUGCAUGCUAGCAUGGGGGUAAGCACACCUUAAUGCAAUUUCCUUCUGAGUAAGCAUGCACAGGGUUGCUCGGGGACAAGUCUGCAGUCCUAAACGUACUUAACUUGAAGUAAAUCCUGUUGAGCACAGGUGGGACUUGCAUGGCUUCCUUUUGAGCAAGCAAACAGGAUUGCAUAUACGUAAGUGUGCAGACCAUUGGGAGUCCAGAGAUGCAGGUAUUAAUUAAGAAUAAACUCAUGCAUGGUCUGAAACAUGGCAGAGGCAGGUAUCUGCCGCUGGACCUCCCUUGAAUAGCACCCCUCUUGCCUUGUGCUUGAUGCUGGGCUUUGUAGUCUUGGACUUACUGAUUGCUUCCUACAGAUAUCAGAGGCAAGCACCCAUGGGUGGCUUCCAUACCACGUAGGUAACUGAUGAAACCAGCUCUUUGGCUAGUCUGAUGCUGUAUUAACAAUGUGAGAUUCCCUGACCACGUCAACACGGAGCUGUCAAUUUUGGAUAACCCGCUCUAAAUGGGCAGCUGCUUUUUUGCUCAGUGGGGGGCUGCUUGUGGAGUCCUUUUUGAUUCUGCAAACAAGCUUGACGUGGCAUGUUUCCGUUUUCUCUGACUACAUCCCGGUGCAUAGCAUCCAUCUCGCCUCAUGUCCAUGUGUGUGUCAGGAUGCCUAACCCUUUUCCAUAGCAGCAUUUCAAAAUUAGCUACAGUCAUGACUUUGCCUUAAAAAAACCAACAACUACGAGGCAGAUCUAGCAUUCCUAUGUGGUCAACGACAGACAUGGAGAGAGGAAGAAAGAAGAGAGCAGGAAUGCCUUCCUUUCACAAUCUCAGGAAAUUAAAUAUUCUCAUUGCCAUGGCUACCUCUCACGGUUGCCACCUUCCUGGUUUGAAACCAGAUCAACCAGCAUUACCCCCACCCAUCCAAACGCACUUCUUCUGUAUCACCAUAAUAUUAUUAUCUGCUCUUUGCAUUGUUUGAUUAACUGUGUCGCAGUGUCAACCCAGGCUGGCUCUCUGUCAUUCCAUUUCUGCCAAACUGGAAGGAACCACGUUGCAAUGAAAUACUCAUCCACCUCUGCUCCCGAAAGACCCACCUAGCAGCUGCCUCUAACUGCAAUUUGAGAUGGGUGCAGUGCAUGUGACCCAGUAAAAUGCGAGCGCAGAUAAGGCUUCGGCAGUUGCAUAUUUGCAUGCGUUUCCAUGUAUCAGUUUACACCGGGGGUAGAAGGAUUUGCUGAGCAUUUGCUGAGCAAUGCCUUAUAAGGAAACUAGCCUGGAUUAUGCCUGAGAGCAGGCAAUGUGGUCAGGAGGUUGGUAGGAGGCUGGUAGCUGUCAGCAGGUGGCAAGUCAGGACCUGGGACAGCUCCAGAGCAUCAGAGAUGUUGUUCCAACAAGAGAAGAAGCCCUUGUAUUUCAAUGCUGCAACCCUGGAUUUUGUGGAAGCCCAAUCCUUCAAUGGGACAGCACUCUGUCUUGGAGUCUGGCAGUUUUGUGGCAUUUGUGGUCUCCAGAAGGGGGGGGGGCAUAAAUGAUAGGGAUGCUGAUAUCUGUGGACAUACCAAACAAUCAACAUUCCAUUUUGGAGGAGGCAACUUUAGAAAACCUUAACAAACCCUUCCAUCGGAAUCUGUUCCCAUCUUGGGACCGGCUGCUAAAAUUGGCGAAUGUCAUGUACAUACCCCAUAAUGCCUCAAGUCCAUCCCAUGUGGUUGGUGCCAUAAUAUUCUCUCUGUAGCACGGACAGCAUGCUGGUCUGACCUUUCCCUUUGCUUUCGGAUUGGUGGCGCUCUCUAGAGAUACUUGUCUGCGGAGGGUUGAGAUAUUGUUUUCUUUCUUCUACCAUUGUUUCUCAUCGUAAGUUAUUUAAAUUACGUAUCUGCUUUGAUUCAUUUAACCAGGAGUGGAGAUAAAUCAGGAAUGGUGGGAAGAAAACAAUCCAAUGUAAUAAAUGUUAACAGCAAAAAAACACACACACAAAAACCCAAAGCAAAACAACAAAGGAGAUGUCUGUAAAUAAAUAAUUGUUCCCUUCUAGGAUUUCCUUCCCCUUAGAACUGAUUUUUCUCUGUUAUGGUGAUGUUGUACCAGCAUUACGUUAAACAUAAUUUAUUGAAUGGGUGCUAACCUCGCAGUCACGCUCUUCGUUUUUUCUGGGCUGCAGAGGAGACAGGUUGCAGGGUGACGCCGAUCUCCUCCUGGGCUUGGGUGGCUGGGCCACCUGCGGCCUUCUUUUCCCAUCAGCAUCGAUCUUGCUUCUUGAUGAUGUUCCUGAUGCAUAGAAUAGAUUCCUAGUGACUUCGUAACAUGUCGUUGGCAACUUAUUGCAAUCCUUAGCUGCAGACAGCCGCCCUCCCAGGCCCAAAGGGGGUCCUGUGUGUUGUUCUAAUAAAAGAUUUUAGUCAGAGAA